CACAAUCGAUAAGUGUGUGAACGUUUGCACUUUUUCUUUUUUUGGCUCCGUAUGAAGUCAUAAUAUUUUUUCGUCAUGGCGGCGGAAAGUGGCGAAUCGGCGGCCUGGUAAAGCCGGGUUCAUUCAGUCUUUUUUGCGGGCCUUCCUUGCUCGACAGAAAAUGGCUAGCUAGCGUUAGCAUGCUAACAAUGUUUCCGUGUCGACUGUUUUGUUUGAGAGCCGAGUAACUCCACUGAGCUUAACCGAGUUUCCUCCCCGACUUAAUUUUCCCCGAGCUAAACUGAAAUCUGUGCUUUAAAAAAAAGAAGAAAAACUGGUCACGCAGGUUUGGGUUAGUGAGCCCAGAGAGCAGGAGGCCUACUUUAUUUAUUUGUUUUUCCUUGGUGAACUCGUACUUCCUGUGUGGCAGCAUCGUGGCACUCCUGCGUCGCUCCUCUUCCCUUAUUUCAUCUCUGCUGGGGGAAGGCGAGAGGAAGAUGAUGGAAGGGGAAAGCCUCGACAAUCUGCACCUGAGCCAGACCCUGCCCCUGAGCCAGGACUCCUUUAUGGAGCUGUGGGACAACGUGCUCAGUUAUGACAUCACCACGCUUCCGGCGACGGAUAUUAUCCACAAUGGGUCCUGCAGGACAGACGGCGUUGACAUGAUGCUCAUUAAUGAGCAGGCGCUCACCAAGGACUUUGACGAGAAGCUCUUCGAACUUCCCGCAGAGACGGUGACAAAAGAUGGCAUCACAACCCCGCCGGCGUCCACAGUACCCGUUACCACGGACUAUCCUGGGGAAUACGGAUUCAAUUUGCGAUUCCAAAAGUCAGGGACGGCCAAAUCCGUCACCUCGACAUUUUCGGAGCUUCUCAACAAGCUGUAUUGCCAGCUGGCAAAAACCAGCCCCGUGGAAGUGUACGUGAGCAAAGAGCCUCCUCAGGGCGCCGUCCUCCGAGCCACCGCGGUUUACAAGAAAACGGAGCAUGUGGCCGACGUGGUCCGCAGAUGUCCCCAUCACCAGAAUGUGGACGCUGUGGAGCAUCGCAGCCAUCUGAUCAGAGUGGAGGGAAACCAGCGGGCUCAGUAUUUUGAAGACCAGCACACAAAGAGGCAGAGUGUGACCGUCCCCUACGAGACCCCCCAGUUGGGCUCCGAGAUGACGACCAUCCUGCUGAGCUUCAUGUGUAACAGCUCGUGCAUGGGCGGCAUGAACCGCAGGCCAAUCCUCACCAUCCUGACCCUCGAGAGUCCAGAGGGACUGGUGUUGGGCAGGAGGUGCUUCGAGGUGCGUGUCUGUGCAUGUCCCGGGAGGGACCGAAAAACCGAGGAGGAAAACAGCACCAAGACGCAAAACGGCACCAAACAAACCAAAAAACGAAAGAGCAACCCGCCUCCCUGCACGACUUCUGUGAAGAAAUCCAAGUCUGCCUCCAGCGCUGAGGAAGAAGACAAGGAGGUGUACGUUCUUAACAUUCGUGGUCGUGAGCGCUAUGAAAUGUUUAAGAAAAUCAACGACGGUCUGGAGCUGCUCGACAAAGAAAACAAAACCAAGUCAAAGGUCUCCGUGAAGCAGGAGGCGCCUCUGCCCUCCAGCGGGAAGCGACUCAUGCCAAGAGGCGAGCGGAGCGAUAGCGACUGAGCGGCUCGUCGCCUCGACCACGACAGCAAACAUCUAUUAAUCCUUCCAUGCCAUCAGGUGUUUAUGUUUUUUUCAGGUUGCUUUUUUACAUUUUUUUUACUCGCCAUUGGAACCCCAAAUCGCCUCCUGCCGUCAAGAAAACUUGAUCACUUAAGCUGAUAACUGUACUGCCUUGACAUUUACUGUACCCCACGUACUGUGCAGUGUCUCUUUGGGAUGUAUGCAACUCAGUAAAGGUUGAAUGCAAUAUGUAGAGGAGAGAAGUCGAUGCUGUAAGCAGGCCCCGACUCCUCCUCCUCUGCACUGGGUUGGAUUGACUGGAUUUAAUCAGUGUUAAUCUUGGCUGGGAUUAUAAUUUGAGUCGGCAUUAAUAAUGCAUUCCGUUCAGUUUGAUGGAAAACCAAAGAGAUCUCUUGUCUUGGUUUAAAAAAGAAUAAAAAGAUGAUCUUAAUUUGAUGAAAGAGAAAAAUCGAGCGGUUGAGGCACAUGUUCGAUUACAAAGGAUCAUGAGCAGAAAAAACGAGUCACUGCCAUUUAUCUUGAAGAAGUCCAAAGUCACUCUUGUGAAAACAUGUUAGCUUCCAUUAAUGUACCACAGUCCAUACAAAUACACACAGUUUCCCGUACCUGUGUGAAGAAAUGGGGCCAGUGUUUUGCUGUCAAACGGAUUAAAUGUACUGUGCAAAAAAACUUGAGCUAAAAAACAACAAAGGAACCAAUGUAAUUCAUAAUUAAUGAAUUUGCAGAUGUGACUGAGUGGCAUUUUAUGUUAUUUUUUUCUUAAAAUUUUGUUACUCUUGAAUAUGUAUGUCCUCCUCAGUGACACUUCUUUAUUCGUGGUGAUGUUUCUCAUAGGCAAGAUGAUGAUGUGUUGUUUUUUUUUCGUCAUGUGACUAGAUUUGGUAGAUGAGGGGCUGGCUGGAUCAUCCUGAAAACUCAAUCGCCUUAUUUAGUAACCGUGAGUUUUUAUACGCAGCAACACAAUUACACUUCUGUGGAAAAGAAAGAUGUGAGAGGAGCGGGGUUUUGUUUGUUUGUUUGUUUGUCUUUUUGUUGUUGUUGUUUUUUUUUUUGAAAUGCGGGAAUAUUUUCAUUUGGAUAUUUGGCAACGGAACUCCGACACAAUAUGACAGUUUAUUUUUCCUUUACAUGGAAUGAAAGAAUUAUCAGGACGUUUGUUAAGAUAUGGAAACAUUAUUGAGUUUUGUUUUUUCAACCUCCAUCUACAGUUCAUGCAGCUUGUCAUGUAAUCAGCACUUCACAUUAUUUUUUGUGUGACCAAUCACUGGCAAUUAAUAAAAACCUCUCUUUGCUUUUUUACACUGCCAUAAAAGUAUACUUAAGGCAUUUUCAUUUUUUUAUUUUAAAUUUCUGUAUCUUUUAUAGAUUAUUUGGGAACUUAGUUUUAUAUAAGAGGUUUAUCUUUCUACUGAUUGUUUUUCAACAUGUUUCUCUUUUUGUACUAAUUUGCAUUUUUGUUAGUCAAAGCUUUAAGCCAAAAUAAAUGCUUAAUGUCAUAAGAA